AUGCGCGAAGUUGAGAUUUUCCCUCAAACUUUUGAGAUCAUUAACGAUGCAUCGUUGUUCUCCAUCAAGGUGACCAGCGAGGUCGACUUUCAGGUCAUCCUCCCAGAUGUCGUCCCUAAACGCUUCAAGAAGAUCCAGAGCAAGAGCGAGGUUACCAAGAACAAUGAAGUCUUUACGAAAGCCACUCAAGACUUCUUCAACAUCCUGACUACAUGGCCAUCUGGCGAUGGAGCUGGCAUCAAACUCACCAUCAGUGCCGCAUCGCCCUCGGACGUGACGAUACAAGGCAUGAUGGAAAGUGGCGAGCUCGAGAGCGACCGGCAAUUUCCCGUAUAUGAGACGCACUGGAGAACUCACGCACUCAGCAUCGAUCGCAAACUGCUGGCGGGCGGCCAAUUGCCUAAGGUCGCGUGCGUUUCCGAGGUCUCAUUUGAGGCGAUCCAUGGCCGGCCGUUCAGCCCCGACGCUUUCUCAGUCGUCACCAGCGCUCUGAUAUCAGUAAGGACGAUGCUCUGGGAGUUUCUACCACCUCAGGUCCGCAUGACGUACGACCGUCGCUUGGCGUGGCAGUCGGAUCUGAAGGCAUUCAGGAACGCUUUGGGCGCUGCGCUGACCGACACUCCAUUCCUCAAAUUGGUCGAGUUUGAAAUCGUUACAGAUAGCGGCGAUCCUUCCAACGAGCUGUUCCAACCUCCGGACAUGACAGGUGAUGGAGGAGAUGCCCUUAGUGUCGGCGUGAGGCGUCUACUUCAGCUGGAAACACUUGAGAAGCUGCACCUGGGAUCAAGAUGGAUCCUUACUUCGGCGGCCUUCGAUGCUCAGCUGAACUGUCCGCGUCUCAAAGAUCUUCACAUUGACUUGUGCGUCACAGCUGUCGACGGGAAAUGGCUCUAUACAGGCGACUUUGACAACCUUCCCGUCAACGAAGGAUACUACGAAUUCGACUCGGGAGACUCCGACGCGUCGGGUUUUUACCCUGUUGUACGCACAAGAGAGGCCGAGGGCGACAUACCAGAGCUGGCGUUCCGCGUGACGCCUGACAACCCGGUGUUCGUUCCCUUGAUUUCCACCAUUGCCAAGGCGGUCCCGGGGAUGCCGUCACUGCGAAGAAUGCGUGUCAUGCUUGGAGGAUCAGUGAGGGGAACGAUUGCGCCGUUGGAUAUCAGGUAUCUCGCGCCUGGGGAGGUGGAGACGGAUGAGUCAAUUGAAAACUUCAGCAAGAAAAACCUGGAGCGGCCGCGCUGGUGUCUGAUGGGAUACCGUGACUUUGAUAAAUCUUGGAGAGUUCCACAAGAGCCUAAAAAUUACGAUGAAGGAGCUCUUAAAAGAGAUAUAGAUAACGAUGAAAUUUAA